UCAUUUGCAACUUCCCUCCUUCUGCAUUCAGAGAGAAGAAAGCCAGCCAUGGCUUCAACAUCUCCUCUUGUCGUGUAUUUUGAGAAGGUGGGGUUCGAAACCGAAGGAGUUAAUGGGUUUAUGAGUAAAGUUAUAGAUGUUAACGAGGCCAGGACUCAGUUGCUGUUCUCUGUUCCAAUGAUCCUCACCAACAUGUCGUAUUAUGCUGUUACCCUCGUCGCCGUUAUGUUUGCUGGUCAUCUGGGUGAUGUUGAGCUUGCUGGCGCUACUCUUGGCAAUUCUUGGGGGACUGUCACUGGGUUAAGUCUCAUGACUGGCUUGAGUGGAGCUCUUGAGACUCUUUGUGGUCAAGGAUACGGAGCAAAACAAUACAGAAUGUUGGGGAUAAAUUUACAAUCAUCGAUUAUCCUGACUACAUUCGCUUCAAUUAUCGUAUCUAUAUUGUGGUACUUCUCAGAACCGGUAUUACUUUUGCUGCACCAAGAUCCUAGUGUAGCGAAAAUGGCUACCAUCUAUUUGAGAUUUCUUAUACCUGGACUAUUUGCCCACGCCUACAUACAGUGCCUAGUGAGAUUUCUCCAGACUCAGUCACUGGUGGUUCCUCUAGUUAUUUGCUCUCUACUCCCCCUUGUUUUCGAUGUGGGAUUAACAUAUUUAUUCGUUCAUACCUUGGGCCUCGGUUUCAUUGGAUCACCAUUGGCUAGCUCAAUAUCACUGUGGAUAUCAGUGUUUAUGUUGGCGAUAUAUGUCAAUUAUUCAGAGAAAUUUAGAUACACUUGGGAAGGAUUAUCCAUGGAAUCAUUCCACCAUGUGUUUCCUAGUUUGAAGUUGGCAAUAUCCUCCGCAUUAAUGAUGUGUUUGGAAUGUUGUGCUUUCGAGAUUCUAGUGUUGCUGGCUGGAUUGAUGCCGAACUCUGAGAACAGUACUUCACUUGUUGCUAUGUGUGUCCAGACGGAAGGCGUUGCGUACAUGAUCACAUAUGGAUUUAGUGCAGCAGUGAGCACUCGAGUGUCAAAUGAGAUGGGUGCUGGAAACAUCAAGAAGGCUAAGAACGCAGUAUCUGUCACGCUGAAGCUCUCUUUCUUUCUCGCUCUCAUGUUUCUUCUUUCACUAGCAUUUGGCCAGAAGAUUUGGGCCAAAUCUUUCACCACAAACGCCGUGAUCAUUAAAGAAUUUGCUUCGAUGAUUCCCUUGCUCUCGGUGUCUAUACUGUUGGGCUCAGCACAAGGAGUUCUAUCAGGAGUGUCUAGAGGAUGUGGUUGGCAGCAUUUAGCAGCUUGGACCAAUUUAGCAUGUCAUGGUUUUGUAGGAGUGUCUAGAGGAUGUGGUUGGCAGCAUUUAGCAGCUUGGACCAAUUUAGCAUGCUUUUACUUAUUCGGCAUGCCAGUGGUUCUCCUCUUUGGAUUUAAGCUCGGGUUUUACGACAAGGGAUUAUGGCUAGGUCUAAUCUGUGGGCUCUUUUCUCAAGCAACAACUCUCCUUGUGAUCACUAUCCGUUCAAAGUGGACUAAUUUGGAUUUGGUAGCUCAGGAUCAAAAAAUUCGCCUGCUUGUUUAGCUGGAACUAUAUAUUAUCAGAGAGCGGUAUAUUGGAAUUAGAUAUUAUUGGCUUAGAUGAUAAACCAUGCAUAGAGAUUUUUUUGUAUGUAAACAGUUUC